AUGUCAAAUACUGGUACAUCUACAUCAGCACCAAACAAAAAUAAAUCGAAAAGAAAGCCUGCUGGAAUUCCUAUCAAACAAACAGUAAAUAAUACCAUUGUCAAGGAUAAUAAUGAUCAAAAUGUUGAAACUAAUGAUAAUGAAAAAAACGAUGCAAAAACUACCACCACCAUCUCAAAGUCAAAUGACCAUAAUACAGAAUAUGAUAGCUUAUCGUCGUCGUCAUCAUCAAUUAUCGAUGAAGAUAUCGAUUUUGAUUUAGUUUAUUCAAUGCAUACAUUUGAAGCUACUGUUGAAGGUCAAGCAAGUGUAGAAAAAGGUGACUCUUUAACUUUGUUGGAUGAUUCUAAUAUUUAUUGGUGGUUAGUUAAAUUGACAAAAAAUGGAAAAACUGGUUAUAUACCGGCUGAAAUUAUCGAGACACCAUAUGAAAAACUGGCAAGAUUGAAUAAAAAUAGAAAUCUUAAUUUAACUCAAAAAGGAGGUGAAGGGGUCGAAGUAAUUAAAUGGUUUGAGGGUGUGAAUGAGGGUGAAAUAGAUCAAGGAGGUGAAGGAGAGAAAGAGAUAGAUGAGACGAACUAUGAACACGAAGAUGGUCAUGAUUGUCAAGAUGAAUCUAAAAUUGCAGUAAAAAGCGAAAAUCAAAUACCAGUGUCGUAG